UAAUAUAUAAAUCAUGGCUUCUUUUUAGACUUCAAAGAUAUUUUUGAUACGAUAGGAUAUAUAUUUAUUAUUCUAAGGUUUUUUAAUUGGUAUUUAUCUAAAAUCAGACUGUGAUCUUAUGUAGUGUUGUAUGUGAACCAUAUUGAUAGGUCUCAAAUAAAUGGUAAGCAGUUAUUAGGUGAUUCCCGAUUCAGUCAGUCGGUAACAAUGUAUGACCAGGUACAUGUAUGUAUCGGUCCAAGUUGCCACAUCUCAUUAACAUAACAAGACAAACACCAAAUUCAUGGAAGUAGUUGCUUUUAUGGUAGUAAUAUAUAAAAGAAAGAUUGCGUUUAAGGAUAUAAUACAGGAAAAAAGAAUUGGUUUGUAGAAAGAAAGGUAUAAAUCAAUUUUAAUCUAAUGGUUUAAGGGAAGACAAAGAGUGUAUAUACUUAUGUCCUUGUGAUCGAUUCCACUAUUCCACUACCUUCGUAGUGAACGAACACCCAGGUGGGGAAAAUCAAUUUACUGUCUUAUACACAAUUACACUGUGGUUUAGUUGUACUUCGGUUUGAGCACUCGGGCAGUAUCCCAACGCUCACACAAGUCGAAUGAUUUGUGUGGUGCAUAUUUAUUUCGUUCCAUCUUGUACCACUGUACCAUUAGUGUUACGUGCUAUUUAUAUCUGCAAACACAAGUAGCAUACACCACACCUGUUUCAUUAGUACAUGAAGAAAAACAGUUUUUAAGGAAUAUUCUUAGUUCUUCUAGAAAUUAAGAAAAUAACUUUUAAUUAUCAGUUGAUAUCAACUACUCACUUAUAAAGAAACCAGUAAUCAAUGGUCAAACGUUUCAUUAUUCCUUACAAUUUCAUCUGACAGUGUUGUUUCGAUUCCUUAACAUAUGGAACUCUGAAAAUUUGAUACUCAGAGAAUUGUAUAAAUUUAUUAUUUAGGUAGAAGUAGGUGACUGACUUCUCCUUAAUUCAUUCAAGUCAUGACAUAAAACGACUGUUCUUGGAUAUCAUCACUUUAAUCAGCCAUAGUUAGUUGUUAGACAUGAAUCAUUCAACCGCACGAUUCACAUAUAUUCAUUGGAAACUUAAGUCAAUUCAACCCAUACAUUCCAAACAUUUUUUACACGUGGAUUAAUGAUGCUAUUCAACUUUCUGAAACAAAGUACUUGAAGUGAAAUCCAAACUUUCGGCUAAAUCGUUGUAAAUCAAUUGAUUUCAUUCAUAAACCAUCUCAUCAUAUUUACCCAGUACAUUUCCUUUUAUUUUGUAGAUGUAAACAAUGAUAUAAACGAAUUGUAUUGUACAUCAUUUCAGUUAAGAAACUUCCAAUUUUCGUGUUUUCUAAAAGACAUUAGAGAUACAGAGAUAAGAAAAUAUUCAUUUGUGUUUUGAUUCAAAACACUUUUCUCAGUUUAUAUUAUUGACGCUAUUAUUAUUAUCAUCAUCAUUAAUUUUGUUAUUAAAGAUCUGCAAAUUCCUAUCUUGUUCGCUCAACCGCUCCCUCCCCCUCACCCACUGACAAAUUACAUUUCCGUGAUUAUCGAUACAAUAUCUAAUUAUAUUCAAAUUAAAACAUUUGAUGGUCGGAUCUAUUCCUUUGAUAUUGAUUAAAAUCACAUUGAUCCUCUCCUGUUCUUUUCAUUUCUCUAUCCUAUUUUCCCUGUUUCUUUUUUAAUGUUUCUAAAUUAAUAGUAACUCUUUUCUAUUUCAAUUAAAAUGUAAUAAAUUUGUUGUUAUAAUCACUUCUUCUUCUUCUAAAUUGUUUUUUUUAAUGUUUUGUUUUAGUGCGUAGACAUGUAAAUUUGUAGGUAUAUACAUAUGUAUAUGCAUAUUCUCAUGUGCGUGUGUGUGUGUGUGUAUGAAUGGAAUAAUCAUCAUUGGUAUAUUACGCUAGUUACUAUUACACUAGUUACUAUAAUUAUUCUUCUCUGAGUGUGCUCUAAUAUAUAAAUAUGAAAACAUAUAUAUGCACAAUUGUAUAUGUGUGUUUAUCUUUUCCAAUAAAUAAAUAAAUAAAUAAAUAAUCACUGAGAUAAUCAACUAAUCAGGAUUCUUUUGAUUUUUUUUCUCCCCCCGAUAUUCAUGAUUUCACUUGUACAAAUUUGCUGAUUGGCUAUUGGAAAGUUGUUUGUUUUUUUUUGGUGUUUUUUUUGAAAAUAUACAAAUUCAAUGUUCAAUUAUUUUAAAAUAAGAUUUAUGUAGCAAGAAUUAAUCAGAGACAAAUAAUAUUCGUCUAAACAUUUUUUGUUUCAUUGAAUGUAUCUUUGAAAAUCCUUCAACUGAAGGAUUUUAAUUUUACCGGAUUAAUUCGAAUCAAUUAUAGUGAAAUAAUAGAUAUGACCGUGCAUGUACCAUAUAGUGCUUGGAGUGAACAGUGUCGAGCACUACUUGAAGUUCAUUCAAAACUAGAUGCUCUUUGCGUUUGCGAUCAUGGAAGUCGUGUACUAGGAAGUGCAUUUAAAAUCCCGGAAUUCGCGAGUAUAACUAAUUUGAGUACAAAUCAAGUUCGUGCUAUACGUUUGGUUAUGGCAAAAAUUGGCACACAAAAACUAAAUAUUGAUUUUUUAAAUGAUCGUUUUGUUGUUAUUGAUGCAAACAAUGAAAUGUUAUCAGCUAAAUCUGGUAAAAAAAGUUUAUUUGUUGAAUUAACUAAAACAUUAUGUGUAUUCGGUUUGUCAAUGGAUACAGAAACUGAAAAUAAACAUGCAACUGCGCUUGAAGCAAUGCGAGAUAUACAAAAGUAUUAUGAAGAUGCAGAAUUUUAGUUUAUCAAUUGAUUACUUAUUAUAUAUGUACAGUUGACAACUACAUAUCAUUUUUCUCAUAUUAUGAUAAUUGUGAAAGCUUGUUUCUAAAAUGUGGACAAUGUAAAUAAGAAUUAUUAUAUUUUUAUUUCCACGCUAUGUAUAAAUUUGUUUCUUAUUAUUUCAUCGGAAAAAUUUGAAGAUAAUACAUACUGCAAAUGAAUGAGAAUAGAAAAUAAAAUGAAGAAAACAAUUCUCUUCCGGUAGCUCGUAUUCAACCGGAUUUCUUUUAUGCAUGUUAUGCAGAGAAUCUCUUUAGUUUACCUAAUCAUAGUAUGUUGGUCAAUGUGAAGAUAACUAGUCUACACAUUGACGACUAGAGUCUUUUAUAAUUCAUUCUAAAACUCUAGGAUUUUUAGCCUUUAUACUUAUUGAUAAACUUAACAUCUUUUAGAGCAUGUGUGACUAGUUUCUUUUUCCAACUCAAUUAGUUUGGUUAUUGUUCCAGAAUAUUCAACUGAUAUAAUGGUCAAACUGAAGAUUUAUUUUGGACUGACGUCAGGUGCAUAUAAAGUUCAGUGUUAUGUUGCUUUAUAAUUAUUAUUUAACUACCAAACCUUUGGCAGCUAAACGCAUUUUUGGUCGCCUUUCAGUAUACAAAGUGAGCAUUAUCAUAA